AUGCCUCCAAGAACAACCCAGCUCGCGACAGACGGCAUCGCUGCGACCGAAGCCAUAGAAAAACUCUCCAAGAUCAACCUAAACUUCCACAUUCGCGUGGCGGCGGCCGAGGCCAACAGGGACACUCUUGACCUCAACAGCCUUAUUUACAAGGAGAGUCCAUUAUACAUUGACAACUUAACGCUGAGCGAGUUCGUACUGGAAGCAACACAAAAGUUCCUGACGAUUCUGUCACGGCUCCGCGCCAGCCGUCCCACUCGAGGACUAUCAGGUGCUCUGCAAUUGACACGAUCAACAUUCCCAAGAUUAUUACCGCUUUCCCACUACAAUCCAACCUCAGUGCCCUCAAGUUAUCCCCUCGCCGCAUCGGAACCGCUGUUGGCUCCUCUCGCGCUGACGAUCACGAGCAUCUUCAUCCAGCUCAUAUCCCUCUGCGAAUUAAGUGUAAAGCAUAUGACUGCACGUGUCGAGCGAAUCGCGGUCGACCCAAUCACGGCUAUCCCAGGCAUGACAUUCGGAGGCUUGCCGCUGGCAGAACCCUGCACUCAAGGGAUGCUGUUCUGCACUGUUGCUGUCCAUUUGCUAGAGAGGAUAGAACGAUCAUUGGGGAUUGCCAUGGUGCCCGAAGGCGGCGAAGCGGGCUUGCUAUCUCCGAAACAGAUGGAUGCUCUCUGGGGCGAGCUGGACGAGGGAUUCAGUACCGAUCAUGGUCGCGGCGCGAUGAGGCCAGCGAAUCUAAGGGAAGCAUUUGAAGAAUUAGGCCAAGUCUUUAAGCAGCUUUCCUUGGGUUAG